AUUCUUGAGAAAAAGGGCAAACUCUCUUCGUUUUUUGAUCAGACCCACCAUUUUUCUCGAUCUAAACCGUCCUCCAGCAGCGACCCAAUCCUCAAGAAACCUCGAGGAGCUGCACCCGCAGAGGACCAAACAAGAGAACCAAAUCCUGAUGGCGAAGUGCUUCAGCCUUACAGCGAUAAGGGACAGAUGGUUUCGCUUGUCGUUUUUCCUGGCGGGCCUGAAAUCGACCACCACCGACCUCGGCGACGGCACGGUCAUGCACUGUUGGGUCCCCAGGACGCGCGAGCCCAGCAAGCCCAACUUGCUCCUCCUGCACGGCAUCGGAGCCAACGCAAUGUGGCAGUGGAACGAGUUCAUCUCCUCCUUCCUCGCCAGGUUCAACGUGUACGUGCCUGAUCUCUUGUUCUUCGGCGAUUCCCACACGACCCGGCCCGAGCGGACCGAGCAGUUCCAGGCUCAGUGCGUCGCAGGAGUCUUAGAGACUCAGGGAGUGAGGAAACUGAACGUGGUGGGGUUAAGUUACGGCGGGUUCGUGGCGUAUAGCUUGGCAGCGCAGUUCCCGGAGAUGGUGGAGAAGUUGGUUCUGUGCUGUGCAGGGGUGUCUAUGGAGGAGAAGGACAUGGAGGAUGGGAUGUUUCAGGUGAAGACUGUGGAUGAGGCCUUGACUUUGCUGUUCCCGCAGACACCAGAGAAAGCGAAUGAGAUGUUCGAGUUCGUCUUUUACAAGCCGGUGAAGAAAGUGCCCACCUACUUUAUUCAGGAUUAUAUUGAUGUAAUGUGGAAGGAGCACCUUCAAGAAAGGAUAGGGCUGGUCAAUUCCUUGUACAGAGAUAGGAAGAUGUCUGAUCUUCCCAAAAUAACUCAGCCGACACUCAUAAUGUGGGCAGAAUAUGAUAAAGUCUUUCCAUUGGAAUUGGGUCACAGAUUAAAGAGGCAUUUAGAUGAAAACGCACAAUUAGUGGUUGUAAAGGAUUGUGGUCAUGGGAUAAAUAAAGAGAAGCCGAAAGAGAUGUACAAACACAUCGAGGAGUUCCUCAUCGAUCCGCUCCUUUAUCCUAAGAAGGCAAAUCAAAGCAGUGGCCAGAAAGCGGACUGAGAAUCAGCAAUAAAUUUAUAGUUGGAUCAGCCUUCUGCAGCAUUUGCUUGUCCAAGUUUGUAUAUACAUGCGUAUUAAUAAAAUUAGAAGAAACACAGUUCAACAUAUUGUGAUGGUUAUCAUCUUAGAGGAUAAUAACAUCUCAGGCGAUCUUUGAAGGUGCAAAAGGUCUGAUACACCUUGUUCCUGGGAGUGGCAUUGGGAUGUUUGUGCUAGAAAUCCAUUAAUGGGAUGAUGAUCAUUUUAGAGAAUCUCUGAAGGUGGAGAUUGGCCUCUUGUGUGCAAACUGAUCAGGAGCUGAUGUGGCUCUCUUGAUGAUGACCACAUCAGGCCAAAACCAGUUGUUGUGCAGGAGUGAACUUUAUAUCUUGUUCGAAAAAUUGGAUGUCUGAGCAAAUUUUGGCGUGAUACGUUCAAUUAUGACAAUGCGAUUCGCCAUACAAUCCUUGGAAACGAUCUAUCCAAAGAAGGUUGGCCUAGUAUUCCAACUCAUCAGGCGCCAUAGGGGCUCGUCCUUAGCCAGGAAGCUUUGCCAGGAUGCUGACGAUUAAGAGAAUUGAAUCUUCUUUAUGUAGAACCUACCAGGCUUGGAGUCAUUUCUGCUUUAUUUGACUUUAGCUACUGAGAUGUUUCAAUUCAUUUCACCAGAUUGCGUACCCAUGGAUUCCCGCAGAAAUUCUUUGAUUUCUUCUGGAUUAGAUGAUUCCUCUUCUCCUUCUCAAGUUCUGACAAUGAAAUCAAAACGAUGGCGAGAUGCUCAUCUCUCGGUAUUUGAAUAGUA